AUGAUGUUGUGUGGGACAUAUAUAUUGUACCUACUUGAUAUAUUGUUCCUCCUAGCCUAUACCACGGAUGGAAAUAUCGCAAAUCUGAAGAUAAAUGGUGGUCAUUAUUCUAUACUGACCCCUGGUCUUACUCAAGCAAGAAUGGAUGAUGGGAUGAUUUGCAAAACUGCAAAAUGUUCCCAUAAGACAAACACCGUUUUCAGUGUACCAAAUGUAAUCUGUGGUAACCAUUAUGUUUGCCAAAGUUGUCCCAUAUCAUCUGGAGGUAACAUUUGUUAUCUAGGAGGCACUAACGGAACAUCAGUCACAGUGGUAGAAGGAGAGGUUUAUGUGACAGACAAGCAGUCUAAGAAUGUUACCCCCGAUGCCAAAUCAGAUUCUGAAGAUAAAGAAGAUGAUGAUGACUAUGACCCAUCUUUUGUUGAACGAAAUGUAGAGGUGAUGAGUAUGGCAUUUAAAGAACACAGUAGCACAAUUUUUAGCAAAAAGAGGAUGUGUAAAAUUAACACAGAUGGUAGCAUUCCAGUGUCUGUUACUCUCUUUCUUCAGUGGUAUAUAGAUCCUCUUUCAGCUCAUAACAAUUCAUCGAAUCAUGAUGAUAUUGACCCUUUAUCUAUGUUGGAGCUGAAUGGGAAGGAUACUGAAGAUUAUGAGGACGAUGAUUAUGAUGAAUCAAUGACUGGUAGACUGACUUCCAUAUAUUCAAUUACGAAGGGACUCAUGAACAAAGCAAAACAUGUGCACAAGGCACUAGGACCCAAAUUUACACGGCCUAGAGUAAAUAUACACUUUGUCGUAGAUAAUAUAGAAAUUUCUCAAUGCAGAUAUCCUCAGUUAUGGAAAGGAAAAUUGAAUGGUAAAUCCCUUAUAUUCAUUGGAACUCAAAAUUUUUCAAUAAGACCAAAAGAUUUCAACAUUGAUUUUUUUAGAAAGUCAAUCAAGGUCCAUGUUACAACAAAGUCAUAUAAAAACCUUAAAUUCAAUUCUUGUGUCCAGGUUAAUUGUACCAAGGGAACAGAUUCUCUUCAAAACUUGGCUUAUAAUCACAAUACCCUGGUUAAUAUCCCACAUCAUAUAUCGCAAAACCCUCCUCAAAUGCAUUUGAAUUUGAACUUUGUCCCACAAGCCCAUGGCUAUGCUGGACGGUUCAGAUCUUAUGGCGCCGUUCAUAAUUUCAAUUACAUUCCAGCAGUGGCUAGAUACAGUACAAGUGGUAUUAUAUGUGUAGCUUCAUUACUCCUAAUCGUAACCAUUCAGGGAAUAAUUUAA